GAGACUCCAUACGCUUAAACUUGCCGUCUUCUGAUUCUCCAUUUCAACUCUUAUAUACAUCUUCAUCCUCAUUUUCCUUCUCCAUUUUUUUUCUAACCAAUCAAUUCCCUUGCCUAAACAUGAGACUCCAUCUGUUCUUCUUCGCAAUUUGUCUCUACCUCUCUGUCUCUUUCACGCCCAUUUCAGCUCGAUUGUUCCCUAAUGUUUCAUCCAUACCUCCUUGGCUUACCAAAAACGUGCCUCCCGGCGCCUGGGAUGCCUUCCGGAACUUCACUGGCUGCCGUCCAGGGAAUAGCUACGACGGUUUGGGUAAACUCAAGAAGUACUUCAACCACUUCGGCUACAUCCCUACCACCCCUUCCAACUUCACCGACGACUUCGACGACGCCCUUGAAUCAGCCAUUAAAACUUACCAGAAGAACUUCAAUCUCAACGUCACCGGCGAGCUCGACGCUGACACUCUUCAGCAGAUUGUUCGUCCGCGAUGCGGCGUCGCUGAUAUAAUCAACGGCACCAGCACCAUGAAUUCCGGCGAGGAGAAUACCUCCGCCGCGAGUAACGAUUUACACUUCCACACCGUUUCCCACUACACCUUCUUCCCCGGGACUCCGCGGUGGCCCGCCGGCAGCCAGAGUUUGACGUACGCUUUCUUGCCCGACAACGACCUGACGGACAACGUGAAGAGCGUGUUCGCCACCGCCUUUGAUCGAUGGUCCGAGGUCACGACGCUGACUUUCACGGAGGCGUCAUCGUAUCAAUCGGCGGACAUCAGGAUAGCGUUCUACUCUGGGGACCACGGAGACGGAGAGCCAUUCGACGGACCUUUGGGGACUCUGGCCCACGCGUUUUCACCGACGAACGGGAGAUUCCAUCUGGACGGUCAAGAGAACUGGGUGGUAUCCGGUGAUGUGGCGCAAUCGUCGCUGUCGACGGCGGUGGAUCUGGAAUCUGUAGCAGUCCACGAGAUCGGGCACUUGUUAGGAUUGGGACACUCAUCAGUGGAGGAGGCGAUCAUGUACCCGACGAUAUCGUCGAGGACGAGGAAGGUGACUCUGGCGGAUGAUGAUAUUCAGGGGAUCCAACAGCUUUAUGGAUCGAACCCUAAUUACAACGGCUCCACCACGGUGACGACUUCUCAGGAGAACGAUUCCAGCCAUGGCGGACGGCGACUCAGUGUGGUGGAGUCAACGCGGGGGCUCCUCCUUUUGGUAGCCGUUGGAUUAGCCCAUUUGAUUUUGUAGGUUUUCAUUCUUUUUAUUUUUUUAUAGAUAUUUUUUAAGGGGAGGGAUUGGCCCAUUGGGUUGGCCUUGACCAAGCCUCGUUUUUGUUUUUCUUUCACAUUUUUUGUUGUGAUUAUAGAAUGUAUCAUUCUUAUAUUAUAGCUAGUUAUUGAUGUAGUUGUUGGCGCCUGCACAGCUCUGCAUUGUCAUGGUGCCAUAUUAUGAUAGGUAUUGUUUAUACAUUUUUGUUGAAUAAGGCUUCGAGAAUGUUUUAUGCGUUUUAUUAUUAUUAUUAUUAUUUUGUUCAGGAUUGAA